AUGUUUCUGGGUUUCUUGGCAUUCGUCGCUCGCUGCUCCGUAUUUGCCACGGCCGCUGCUGCGAUAUGUUUGCUGUUGCUUUGGACCAUUACAGAGAGACGCGAGUACUUCACGUCAUCCUGCCACAACGCGAGGUCGCCGGAGCUGCGGUUGCUGCCAGGUUUGCCCUUCAGCUGCGGAUGGCAGAGAGUCCGCCCCGACAGUGGCUCCUUCGUUCCGUACGCCUUCAUUCAGCCGAAUGGAUCUUGGUGUUGGAGCAAUGCUGGCUUUAUCGCCUCUCCCGACGGAUCAGGUCUCUUGGUGGAUACAUUAAUGGACCCCGUGCUCACCGCUACGAUGCUGCGAGAGCUGGGCCCUGCCACAGGCGGCGGCGCUCCUGGGCGCGUUGAUGCUGUUGUCUUCACUCAUCCGGACGUGGAUCACAUACUCGGGAACCAGGCUGUCGCCCCGGAAAUUCCACGCUUGGGAACGGCGAAAGCUCAGCAGGACAUCGAUGCACAGGCUGGUGCUGCAUGGAAGCUGAAGCUGUGUGUGGAAGCUGGCAGAUUCAUAUGGCAAGUGUUGAAGCUCUUCGGAGGACCUUCCCUGCUGCCAUUGUUGCCAUCUGCAUUGCAGCCCCGGGCUCUUUCACUCCUGGGCUUCGCCAAGUCGCAAGACAAUCUCGCAGGUUUCAACCUGAAACCGGUGGACGGGGGCCGGCUGCCGAAGUUUGAGUCCCUCCUAGCCUCAGGAGACAACAUCACGGUGCAUGGCCAGCCUCUGCCAGUGCGGUUCUGGGAGGUGGGCGCAAUUCAUUCAAAGAGCGACUCGAUGAUCCUCUUGCCCGAGAGCAAAGUGGCGUUCACGGGCGACCUUCUGUUUAUUGGCAUCGCGCCCGUGAUGUGGAGUGGCCCAGCUUCUACCUGGGUCAAAGCACUCGAUGAUCUUUUGGAGGCCACCGGCGGCGACUGGCGCUUUGUUCCCGGCCACGGCCCUGUUACCGAUGCAGAAGGUGUCCGCUCAGUACGGAGAUACUUCGCCUACCUCCAUGAGGCUUCGUGGGGUGAUUGGUAUGGCUUUGAAUUUGUCUUUAUAUGGUUUUCAGUGGCAAGAAGAUGA